CGUUUAGGUUGGAGGUUAUAAAAUGACUCGCAAACGCCGUAACGGAGGACGGGCCAAGCACGGCCGUGGCCACGUGAAGGCCGUGAGAUGCACCAACUGCGCGCGUUGCGUACCUAAGGACAAGGCUAUCAAGAAGUUCGUGAUCAGGAAUAUUGUCGAAGCGGCUGCCGUCAGAGACAUCAACGACGCCUCAGUCUACACCUCCUUCCAGCUGCCCAAGCUAUACGCCAAGCUUCACUACUGCGUGUCGUGCGCGAUCCACAGCAAGGUGGUCCGCAACAGGUCCAAGAAGGACCGUCGCAUCCGUACGCCCCCGCAGCGGACAUUCCCCAGGGACAUGGCCCGCCCGCAGAAUGUGCAGAGGAAGUGAAAUGCUAAAUAAAAUUAUGUAAAAAACCCAA